AUGACAACAUUUCGCUUAGCUACAAUUAAUGUUCAUCACUUUGCUGAUCCUUUGACAUAUGAAAAUAAUGUCGAAAGAUUAGUUACAAUUCUUAAACCGUAUAAUUUCGAUUUGAUUGCUGUUCAAGAGGCAAACGAUGAUGAGAAAUGGUCAAAAUUCUGUAAUCUCCUUGGUUUAAAUCAUUUUAUAUAUGGACCAUGUCAAAAACAUAUUUUGGGUAAUGGUAUUGCAUCUCGUUAUCCAAUAAAAUCUUAUUCAAAUCAACAAACAAGUUGUUUUUGUUCAGGUGGAAAACGAUCUUUACUACAAUGUUGUUUAUAUAGUGAUCAUCCAUUUGUUAAAGAUCGAAUAUUUGCUGUUACACAUUUAGAUUAUUUAAAUGAAAAUAAUCGAUUACAACAAAUUAAAGAAUUUGAUCCGUUGAAAAAAAAUAUUGAUAUACUUAUGGGUGAUAUGAAUUCAUUAACACGUGAUGAUUAUUCAAAUAAUUAUUACGAAAAAAAUGUACUUGAAUUACGAAAACAAUCUAAUUGGGAGAAACCUUAUUUUGAUGUUACUCAAUUAAUAACAAAUCAAUGGUCAUUUAAAGAUGCUUUGAAACAAAUAAAUCCAAAUUUAAAAGAUGAACAAAUAGCUACAUGUCGAUAUCAAACUCGUAUUGAUUAUAUUUAUUUACGUCCUCGUAUUAAUGACUCAUGGAUUUUAAAAGAUUGUUCGAUUAUUAAUACUCAAAAUGCUACUGAUCAUAAUGCGGUUUUUGCAAUAUUCGAACAGAAAUAA